AUCAAAAUGUCUGCAGUCGAACUUAUCAAUCCCAAGGCCGAAUCUAUUCGCAGGGCUCAAGCCCUGCAAGUCAAUACCACUGGUGCCAUGGGUCUUGCUAAUGUUGUUAGGUCUAAUCUUGGUCCCAAGGGAACAAUCAAAAUGUUGGUCGACGGGGCUGGAAAUAUCAAAAUGACAAAGGAUGGAAAAGUUUUGCUAUCAGAGAUGCAAAUUCAGAACCCAACGGCCGCAAUGAUCGCACGGACAGCAACAGCACAAGACGAACAGACCGGUGACGGUACGACUUCCUGUAUCUUACUCGUUGGAGAGACACUCAAGCAAGCCGAGCGUUAUAUCAGCGAGGGUGUUCAUCCGCGUGUCAUUUCCGAAGGCUUGGAGAUUGCCAAAACAGAAAGUGUCAAAUUUCUUGAUGAGUUCAAACACAAAAAGCCUGACAUCGAUCAUCAAACAUUGGUUGCAGUCGCACAUACAUCACUUUCAACAAAGCUACACCAUCAGCUUGCAAAGAAGCUUGCAACUGAUGUAGUCGAUGCUGUUCUUGCUAUCAAGCAGCCUGACUUACCUGUCGACCUGCACAUGAUUGAAAUCAUGAAAAUGCAACAUCGUACAGAUACCGAUACACGUUUGAUUCGCGGUUUAGUCCUUGAUCACGGUGCACGUCAUCCUGACAUGCCCAAAAGAGUCGAGAAUGCCUUUGUCUUGACUUUGAAUGUCAGUCUCGAAUACGAAAAGACUGAAGUGAACUCGGGAUUCUUUUACUCUUCAGCCGAACAGCGUGAGAAGUUGGUAGAAUCUGAACGGAAAUUUAUUGAUGCGCGUGUAAAGAAAAUUAUUGAACUCAAACGACGAGUAUGCGACGCGGAACUGGAUUUAGAGGCAAUUGCAGCAGGCCGUUCCGCCACCGCAGAGAAGCCGAAAGGUUUUGUAGUCAUUAACCAGAAAGGUAUCGACCCUCUCAGUCUCGAUAUGCUGGCCAAAAGCGGUAUCCUUGCCCUCAGACGCGCAAAACGACGGAACAUGGAAAGAUUACAAUUGGUUUGCGGUGGUGUUGCACAGAACUCGGUUGAAGCCCUCACACAGGACGUAUUGGGAUAUGCUGGCUUAGUGUAUGAACACACACUAGGAGAGGAAAAGUUCACAUUUGUGGAAGAGGUCCGAGACCCCAAGUCGGUCACACUUCUCAUCAAGGGGCCAAAUCCUCACUCAAUAAGUCAGAUUCAUGAUGGUUUGAGGGAUGGAUUCCGUUCCGUCAAGAAUGCCUUAGAGGAUCAAGCAGUCGUACCUGGUGCUGGAGCAUUCGAAGUAGCCUGCUCCCGGUAUUUGUCUGACAAGGUCAAGAGUGAAGCAAAAGGUCGCUUCAAACUCGGUAUUCAAACCUUUGCAGAUGCACUGUUGGUAGUACCCAAGACCUUAGCAUCAAAUGCUGGGUUGGAUGUUCAAGAAGUGCUCUCAAACUUGAUGGACGAGCUUGUUGAUGGAAGUCCUACAGCUGCCGUAGGGGUAGACCUUUCAACUGGCGAACCCUUGAAUCCAGUGACUGAAGGAAUAUGGGACAAUUACCGUGUUAAACGACAACUUCUUCAUAGUUGUUGCGUGAUUGCGAUGAACUUGCUUGUUACAGAUGAGAUUAUGAGAGCUGGUCGAUCGAGCUUGAAAGAAGGACCACAACAUUAGUUAGAGUAAAUAUUCCUCUCAAACUUUUUGUGUGCUUAAAGACCAUGACUUUAAAAGGAGAUGUUAUCGUAGCAAUAUGAUGUGUUUUGUCAUCAAUUAUAACAAUAAGAAACCACUAGUAUUUUCAAAUGCAAGUUUUUUGAAAAGAUAAUAUCCGCCUGAUUUAGUC